AUGAAUCUAGACUACCUCCCGGUCCGCAUCCGCUACCGCUUUUGGGCAAUAUAUUGUGUAAUAUUCAAAUCUAAAGAUCAUUGGGAUGUUGUGCUCCGACAAGUAGCCAAACAAUACGGCCCGGUAUUCACCUUCUGGUUCGGGACAAGACCUCAAGUGAUGAUAACUGACAUCGAUUUGGGUCGGGAGGCCUUCAGGAAAAACGAUAUGGCCGCAUCUAAUAUGUCAAACGAGAAAUGUCAAGACGUGGUCUCUACUGAUUACGGGCCUCAAUGGGAGGCAUUGAGACGAGUGGCACAUUCGGCCGUACACCACGAGUACUUUCGGAGAGAGCGUUUAUUCGCGGAAACAAUUGAUAUCGUUAAAGGAAAAUAUAUCAAACAUUACGACGACUAUAAUGAGUCAAUUGAGAGAGACUUUUGCGAUGCACUCAUCAGUGCUAAGAAUGACGCCCUCAGAGACGGCAAAGAGUCGGCCCCUUAUCUCACGGAUACCAACCUUUCAAUGGCUAUCUUUGACAUAUUCCUCGCCGGAACCGAUACNACUAUAAUGAACUUUUGCGAUGCACUCAUCAGUGCUAAGAAUGACGCCCUCAGAGACGGCAAAGAGUCGGCCCCUUAUCUCACGGAUACCAACCUUUCAAUGGCUAUCUUUGACAUAUUCCUCGCCGGAACCGAUACCUCUCAGCACACAUUUCAAUGGAUAGUACUUCUGAUGUCAUACUAUCCGGAAAUGCAGCAGAAGUUGAGACAAGAGAUUGAGUCCCAAAUCGGAGACCGAAUGCCAACACAUGAGGACAGGAAUCGAUGCCAUUAUGUCAUGGCUUUCAUCGCUGAGACACUGAGAUUCAGAAAUGUUGUGCCCACUGGACUUCCUCAUAAAACUCUUGUUGAUACAAAACUUGAUAAAUACACAAUACCUAAAAAUAUGUCAGUCUUUGUAUACCAGAGUAUCAUAUGUCGUAAUGAUAAGGAUUGGCAAAAUUCUGAUGAAUUCAAACCCGAGAGGUUUAUUGAUAGUGAGGGACAGUUCAUCACAACCCGUCCCAAAGCGUUCAUACCCUUCGGUGUGGGCCGUCGGGUCUGUUUGGGUGAGAAAUUAGCCAUCGCUGACCUGUUCCUGGUUUUGGUCCGAUUUCUUCAGUCCACACAAGACUACGAUAUAGUGCUCGACAGUAACGGCGGUAUAGAAUAUAAUCCAAAUACUGCGGAAAACUUGGGUCCUUCAGAAUAUAGAAUCAAAUUAAUUAAAUUAACUAUGAUUGAAUCAAACAAGUAA